AGCUUCUCACUAAGGCUCCCAUCCUUUUGGAUGAGUAGUUUUAUUUUAAAAAUGCUGUCGACAAGAUCAUAUCAUCUAGCCAUUCCAGGGGAGCAGCAUAUGUGUAGUUCGAAAAAAAUUCAAUGAAGUCGGUUGUGAAAAUGUCAGCAUGAACAAUCAGUAUUCCAUACAAAAUCAUUCUUAUUGAUUGCAAAACUUCCCGGCAUGCCAAAAAAAUGUUCUCCGUUACAUUGUCGGGGAUAAUUACAUUUCCGACAGCUUUUAAAGAUCAAACUAAAGAGGCGGGGAAAUUGAAGUGGCAAUGUCUCUCAACAAAUAUCAUCUUCAUAUAUACUACAGGGAAUUGCUACAAUGAACCGAUAAAUCAAGCUACGUGCGAAGGAAGGUAGAGCCAAAAAGACAUCAAGAUUUCUUCUAAUGGCUCAACAGGGCCUCCUGCUUCCACAUCCAUCUCUGAUAUCAAUGCUUGCAAGAUCAACAUAAGGAAGUUCGCUUCAUUGCAUUGCUGGUGAUUCGUAAGGAUUUCAAAGCCAGUUGUUCCAGAUGAGGCUCAGGAACGUAAGGAAGUUCGCAGGGGUUUGAAUAUGGAGUGUCCUACUUUUCCUCACAAGUCCGUCCACCAAAUGUUUGAUAAAAUGCCAAGCAAGGAGACGGAAAAGAAGGUACGAAACGGAAGACAUUGCGAAUACACAAAGCCAUAGACUGAUGGAAUAACUAGACGCCAGAAGCUUGACCAAUUCCGCACCAAACCCCCAGCCUGUGGAAGCACUAUGUUAGUGGAUACCAGCAAGUGAAUUCUCCAGAACAUCGAUACAUGCAAAAUAGAGCAUGGCAGAAAUUGCAGUAAACUGCCUACUUGGCAAGCUCAAGGAUCUUCUAGAGAAUGGGGUUCUAUUGAGAGGCGCAGAGGAAGAAGUUGCUUUAGUGAAGAGACAAUUGGAGUACGUAAGGGCAUUCCUGAGGGUUGCAGAUUCCCUGGAAGAGAGGGAUGAGGAAGUCAAAGUUUGGGUGAAGCAGCUGAGAGAAAUCGCAUAUGACACUGAAGAUGCUCUUGAUAAGUUCAAACUUCUCCUGGCGCAUGAUCAUGGAAUUGGUUUUCCCGGUCUUUUCUCCAAGAUGUCCUGUUGUAUCAAGAACAUGAAAGGUCGAUACCGAAUUGCUUCGGAGAUGAAAUCCAUCAACUCCAGAAUCAAAAACAUUUAUGAUGGACACUGGAGAAUCCGAGACAAAUUAAAUAAAGUCGAAUAUCUCUAUGGCUCUAGUAAGCCAGAUGACACAUGGCAGGACCAGCGAGGGAAUGCCCUUCUUUUAGACAAAGCUGAGCUCGUUGGCAUCAGAGAACCGACAGAAAAGCUGGUCGGCUGGCUGAUUGGGGGCGCUUCCACGCGGGAAGUAAUCUCAGUGGUGGGGAUGGGAGGACUGGGGAAAACUACGUUAGUCAAGCAAAUUUACGAAGAUCCAGUAGUGAAGAAACAUUUCAUGAUACGUACUUGGAUAACUCUUUCUCAAUCUCCAAAUAUAGAAGAGCUCCUCCAAGGCAUGGUCCGACAAAUUAUGAGGGAGACCCAAGCAAAAGUUUCUCCUCUAGAGGACAACAUGGACAGAUUAUGCCAGAAGAUGAUUAUCAAGGACUUGCUACAAAAUGCGAGGUACCUGAUCGUCGUAGAUGAUGCAUGGCGCAUAAAUGAUUGGGACGCGAUCAAACAUGCAUUGCCUAACAACACCUAUGGCAGCCGAAUAAUCAUCACCUCCAGGAAUUCUGAUUUGGCAUAUACCUCUUGCGGAGAAUUCAGAGGGAUGGUUUACAAGAUGGAGCCACUACCACCUGAACAGGCAUGGAAGCUUUUCUGCGCAAAGACAUUUCAGGGUAACUCCUGCCCUCCUCAUCUAGAGGAGACCUGUAGGCUUAUUCUAAGAAAAUGCGAGGGAUUGCCACUUGCUAUUGUGGCCAUCAGUGGUGUUCUGGUUUCAAAAGACACGAGAAAAAAGGAUGAAUGGGAUCUGGUUCGUCGCAGUCUUCGUACUGAAAUCGAUUGCAACGACAAAUUCAAAGCCUUGAAGAGAGUCCUUUCACUUAGUUUUAAUGACCUGCCAUACUACUUGAAGUCCUGUUUCCUGCACUUGAGUGUAUUUCCCAGGGGUUACCUGAUUAGCUGUGGGAGAUUAAUUCGAUUAUGGAUCACAGAAGGAUUUGUAGACAAGAAAGAAGGCAUGACAGUAGAAGAAGUAGCCCAGGACUACCUAUAUGAGCUCCUAAACAGAAGCCUGAUAGAGGUGGCUUUUAAACCAAGCGAUGGAAGGAUCCAGGAAUGCCGUAUCCAUGAUUUUCUGCUGGAUAUUAUUAUUUCAAAGUCGAGUAACCAAGGCUUUGUAGAAACAGCAAUAGAAAAACAUGAUAAAUGGCCUGAUAAAGUUCGUCGCCUAUCAAUACAGAACAGCCUGCAAGCUACGCAACAGAAAAGGUCAUUGUCUCACCUACGUUCUUUAUACCUGUUUGGGGUAGAGAGAUCUUCCAUGGAUGCUGUUCUAGGUAGUGAAAUGAGACUGCUCACUGUUCUGGACUUGCAAACAGCUUCUUUGACAAGGUUCCCAGCUCAAGUUGCUGAGUGGUGCUACCUGAGAUAUCUAAGUUUCAGGUACAGCAAGGUGAGAACUGUUCCAUAUUCCAUAGGGAACCUUCAAAACCUAGAGACCCUAGACCUGAAACACACAUAUGUCACAGAAUUGCCAGUUGUGAUCUUGAAGCUCCGACGACUUCGCCAUCUACUUGUAUAUCGUUAUGCAAACACAGCCUACUCAUGGUUUAGGUAUGGCUUCAAGUCCCCAGAAGGAAUAGGGGCUCUACAGUCCCUGCAAAAGCUCUCCUACAUAGAAGCAGGUAACGAGAGAAAUAGCAGCUUAAUGAGAGAGUUUGGAAAGUUGAAACAAUUGAAUAGGUUAGGCAUCUUGAAGUUGAGAAAAGAAGAUGCAAGGGAACUGUGCUCGUCCAUUGAAAAGUUAACCAAGCUUCAAGCAAUAUCUCUAACUUCAGCAGAUGAAAAUGAGAUCAUUGAUCUACAACCCCUCACUUCUCCACCUCCAUUUCUUCGGAGAAUCUACUUGACAGGACGUCUGGAGGCAUUACCACGUUGGAUAUCAUCUCUUGAUAGCCUAAUGGUAUUGAAGCUGAGAUGUAGUCAGCUAAAGGAUAAUCCACUGUCAUCUCUCGGGAAUUUGCCUAAUCUAGUGCAUCUCUCCUUGCGUCAGGCUUAUGAAGGAACCAAGCUGCGUUUCAAAGCCAACGACUUUAUGAAGAUACAAUUUCUGGGCCAUGGUCCUUUUGACAGACUCAAGUGCGUGGAAGUGGAGAAGGGAUCAAUGCCUUGUAUUGAGGAGUUAACUAUUCGGAAUUGUAAACAAAUGGAGAAGCUUCCAUCCGGUAUUGAGCACCUGGAAAAGCUGAAAGUGCUGAAGUUUAUUGACAUGCGUGAUGAGUUCGUGAACAAAUUUAUGCUAGAUGGACAAGACGAUUGUUACCUGAAAAUGGCCCAUGUUUCAGAAGUAUAUUACGGUUACCAGAGAGGGGGAUGGCCCGGAUGGGACGUCGUGCUCACCAAGGCAUUUGUGUGAGGAGCGUUGAAUUUCCUCCAUGCUUCAAAUGAGCGGCUGAGCCUAGGAUGCAGUAUAAUACUUCUCAUGGGGUAUUAGUGAUUGAAUGACUAAUUCUAGAAAAUCGUUGUUGCUUUGUGAUAUAAGUUUAAAAACAUAGUGUAAGGUUACUAUGGGUCUGUAAUUGACAUUUAGCAGCUGGUUUGCAUUAUUCUGCAAUAUCCCUUUUCCUCAGAGAAUACAAGGGUCAAGUGGAAUGGUGUAUAUUCAGCUUUGAACUUCUUGGAGUGUAUGCAGAUUUAAGAUGAAAUUCUGCUAUUAUGAGAAA